AUGGAAUUGUCUUCCUCACUCACUCAGCUCACUCCACUUCACCACCACCGCCGCCCAACCACCACCGUCUUCUCCUCUCUCAACGAUACGCCACGUCAUCCUCAUCCUCAUCCCGACGAACCCCCGGACCUCACUCUCCGCAAGCACAACUCCAAGUCCACCGCUCUCCUCCUCCACCGUCUCUCCCGCCUCCCUAACCCUAGCCCUACCGACCUCCAACACCGCCGCCACCUCCCUCCGGAGAACAAAGCCUUCGAGCUCUCCCUCCUCCCCAAACGUACUCCCCAGUUCCCCGGCUCCAUCUCCGGCGACUCCUCCCCUUCGCCGCUCCUCCGCGACGACGACGACGAGCACCGGAUGAUAAUGCGGGCUCUGGAGAUUCGCCGGAAGGUCACCAAGGAAAUGUUCAAGGAGGCUAUGAGGACCAAAGGAAAAUUCGGAAUCACCUACGCCACCAAUUUGACGGAGACCUUGGCCGACUUCAUUGACUACGUCAUGGUCGAAGCCGCGGCCAUGAAACGCUCGCCGGAGUUCUCCAACUCCACUUUUAAUUUUCGCGCCAAGACUGUUAUCGAAAACUCCGAGGCUGUGCCCUGUAUCAGGUGGUUGAAGCAUAAUUCACUUUCAUUUCCCCAAAUUGGGAAGCUCAUUUGCAUGUCAAAGGGAGACCUUGGGUCAAUUAGAAGGCGUGCCGAGUGGUUGAAGUCGAUUCAUGUGAAGGGAAGGUUUAUAGGGGUUGCGCUGGUGAAAGGUGGGGAAUGUUUUCUGGAGCGGAGCAAUGAGGAAUUGGAUGAGAUUGUUGAGUAUUUGGAGAGAAAUGGAGUUAGGAGGGAUUGGAUGGGAACUGUGAUGAGCCGAUGUCCGGAGCUAUUGUCAUACAGUUUGGAGGAAGUGACCGCUCGUGUGGGGUUUUACUUGGAUAUGGGAAUCAAUCUCAAAGAUUUCGGCACAAUGGUCUUUGACUACCCCAGGGUACUUGGCUACUUUAGUCUAGACGAGAUGAACCAAAAGGUGAACUAUUUGAAGGAAUUUGGCCUUAGUACUGAGGAUGUUGGCAAAUUGAUAGCAUUUAGGCCCCAGCUGAUGGGUUGUGGAAUAGAGGAAAGAUGGAAGCCCCUAGUUAAGUAUUUGUAUUACCUUGGAAUUACCCGAGAUGGUAUGAGGAGGAUGCUUACCAUUAAACCGAUCCUUUUCUGUGCUGAUUUGGAGAAGACCAUUGUGCCAAAGGUAAAGUUUUUCCAGGACAUAGGCAUUCGAGAUGAUGCCAUAGGAAAAAUGCUUGUAAAGUUUCCUCCGUUGCUUACAUACAGUCUAUACAAGAAAAUUCGGCCAGUGGUCAUAUUCUUAAUUACAAAAGCUGGAGUUAGUGACAGGGAUAUUGGAAAGGUUAUAGCUUUAGGGCCAGAGCUCUUGGGAUGCAACAUUGUGCACAAGCUUGAGGUUAACGUAAAAUAUUUUCGAUCACUUGGCAUACACCUUAGCACAUUGGGUGAGAUGAUAGCUGACUUCCCCAUGCUGCUCCGAUACAAUACAGAUGUCCUCCGCCCAAAAUACAGUUACCUGAGGAGAACUAUGGUCCGCCCUUUGCGAGAUCUCAUCGAGUUUCCAAGGUUUUUCAGCUACUCUCUUGAGGGUCGAAUAAUUCCUAGGCACAAAGUUCUGCUAGAAAAUCGCAUCAAUUUAAAACUGCGGUACAUGCUCACUAGUACAGACGCAGAGUUUGACAAAAGGAUCAAGAAUAUAGUGGAAAGGCGCGAAAGAUUUGAAUCUGGCAUCACCAAUGAGGACUUCUCAAAUACCCAACUCAGUGAGGAUGAUGAGUCGCCCAUGAAGACAUGUAUGCUUGAUGACACUGAAACUGAGGCAGAAUCAAUAAUGUUUGAUGACGCUCAAAUUGAGGCAGAUUCAACAGUAUUUAAUGACAACGAAAGUGAGGCAGAAUCAACUGUGUUCAAUGACACUGAAAGUGAGUUAGAAUCAAUUAUGUUUGAUGUCUACGAAAGUGAGGCAGAAUCAUAAUAUCUACCAUAUAAAGUCUGCUUUCACAACUGUCAUGCCACAAUCAGACGGAAGAAAUGCUCACUUAUAGGUGGACGGUAGAACCUUCUACUUUACCAAGUCAAAAGUUUAAGCCGGGAUACCACGUCGAUUAACUUUGUGUUGCGCCAUCACAUAUUCCACUUCCUUCGAAAAAGAAGUCAUCAUCCUUUCCGGUGGGAGCGCCUCUUGUAGGGUCUUCCAUGUCUGGAUGGUAUGGCUUUAGCCACUCCACAUGAAAGAUAGGGUGGAUCUUUAGCUUGUGAAUAAGCCCUACUUUUUGAAUCUUGCAGUCCAUGAAUCAAAAGAGGAAGAGAGUUGCUUUUGAAAUCCAUUGACAUGAUCUAUGAAAGCGUCAAACCGGGCAGAAUCCAUGGAGCUGCAUGAUGCCAUUAGAUACGCAGCGUGAAUAAAAUAUCUCAUUGCUUACUUUUAUGCAGGUAUGGGAGAUGGACCACGUUUUUCUUGAUGGUUCUGUUACUGAACAAUUCAACAAGUGUGACUACUGCUAACCAGGUUUUGGCAUCACCAUUUGGUUUAGUCCCUGUUCUGGUGCCGGUAGUGACUGUGCUAGUUUGUUCCUCAUCAAAAGGAAGAAGAAAGAAGUUUGCUCCUUGAACAAAUUAAUGAGAUUGAUCGCAGAAAUCAACUCAUGCAGUGUUGUGAUUUGACAAAAAAAAAUUGUUGCUCUGCUAUAGAAACUGUCUAUAUAGUUUUCUCUGAUUCAAAAUGCUUGAAAUGUAGGUAGUAGAUGUAGCUAAUUAGAGUACUGUUGAUAGAUUAUACACACUUGUAAAUCUAGACUAUAUAGUUAGAGCCUUCCGUUGCCCCAUAUUUGUUUCCAUUAUACAGAUGAUGGUAGCAGGUACCUAACUACUGUCAUAUAUGCACACCCUCUUUUACUUGAUGCGCAUCCA